CGCCGCGCGCUCGCCCCGUACCCCCACAGCCUCACGCGGCGGGGCGGCGAGCCCCAGGCAGCCCCGCGCCCCUGGCACCGCCAGCCCCCGGGACCUCUCGCCACCACCGCCCGGUGACAGCCAGCGCCAUGGAGUCCGUGGCUCUGUACAGCUUCCAGGCGACGGAGAGGGACGAGUUGCCCUUUCAUAAAGGGGACACCCUGAAGAUCCUCAACAUGGAAGAUGACCAGAACUGGUACAAGGCUGAGCUGUUCGGCUGCGAGGGCUUCGUCCCCAAAAACUACAUCAAAGUCAAGCCCCACCCGUGGUACGUGGGCAGGAUCUCCCGGCACCUGGCAGAGGAGCGGCUCCUCAAGUGCAAGCACCUGGGAGCCUUCCUGAUCCGUGACAGCGAGAGCACCCCGGGGGAGUUCUCCAUCUCCGUCAACUAUGGGCAGCAUGUCCAGCACUUCAAGGUGCUCAGGGAGAGGAACGGCAAAUAUUUCCUUUGGGAGGAAAAGUUCAACUCCCUCAACGAGCUGGUGGAUUUCUACAGGACAACCACCAUUGCCAAAAAGCAGCAGAUCUUCCUCCGGGAUGAGGACCAGACUCAGGAGGUACCAUCAGGGGAUGGGGCUAUGGGGACGCUGGAGCAACCCAAAUACGUGCAAGCCCAGUUCGACUUCUCAGCCCACGACGGCUCCCAGCUGCCCUUCCUCCGCGGGGACAUCAUCGAGGUCCUGGACUACCCCGACCCCAACUGGUGGCAGGGGAAGAUCUAUGGGCGCAUCGGCCUCUUCCCCCGCAACUACGUCCACCCCAUCCGCAAGUGAGCCGCCAGCGGCGCUGUGGGCGAGCGGGGAGGACCACGGCCCCCACUGCCCCCCGCUCACCGGAGCUGCUUUGUGCCUGCUCACGGACUGCACGGCCCUUCGUCCCCACGGACGGUGCCUGUCCCCACGCCGGGCUGCCGACACACGAGGUCCCGGUGCCGCGUGGGCUGUGUGGAGGUAGAGGCCAGGCUGGCGGUGAUCCCCACCCAGGGGCUGCUCAGCUCCGGCACCCCAAAACAUCAGCCACAGCUUUCCCUGCUCCCCCGACCCAGGAGACCUCCGCCACCCCCAGCCCAGGCAUCACCUCUCGCUGCGGGCUGGAAGCGGUGCUCCCUGGGGAGGGAGCACAGAGCAUUGAACCAGGGCCAUAAAAACUGUUCCAAAGCCACGACCCAGUGGGGUGGCAGUGAUGGAGGGGAAGAGCACGUGUGCCCCAAACCUUUGCUCCUCUCCACACCCUGUAAGUGGAGCCCCGGCUCCAAGGAGGGCUGCAGGAUGCGACCGGGCUCACUAACUCCACGGAGGGGUGCCGGGGCUCAGGGAGCCUGGGAAGGCUGGUCUGGGGGGAUUCAGUCCUGCAGGUGCUGUUCAUUGCUGCAAAUUGUGGCUUUUUAAAAAUUUUUUUUUAAUUUAGAGUUAGUAAAAUGUGUUUGUGUGACA